AUGGAGAAUAAUUGUUUUCAUAAGUUUCAUAUUCCUAAGCCAUUCUUUUCAUGCAAUUCCUACACAAUCAAUUCAGACCACUUACCACUAUAUGAUGAUGACUGGGAUAAAGAGAUCACAUAUUGGGAUACCAAUGCUCUAUACCCAUAUGGGUCUGCUAACAGUCAGCUCAUCAGUCCCCACUUUGAAGAACAGCUGGAUAUCCCAGUGGCUCCACAAAACAAUUGGUACACUUCUCAAACAGAUGCCAAUAAAUACAUCAAGCAAACUUUAGGAGUCCAUGGAACCUCUCUGGCCUUUGACCCAAGCAGAAUCUCACCUGAUCAUAUAUCCAAUCCACUCACACCUUCCAGUAACAUGGAAACCUUGCUGAAGGAAAAUUUUCAAGAAACCUACCCCUUUUAUCCUGCACUCCACACAAACUCAAACCACCACCAAAUUUUCAAUGAUGACUGGUCUCAAGGUGGCACCCAUUGGAAUACCAAUCCAUAUGGCUUGGCUAGUCAUCAAACAAUCAACACGCCUGUUGAGGAAGAUUUUGAAGCAUUGGUACCACCAGAAACUUGGCAUUCCUUGCAAAAGGAUGUCAUGUGUGUUCAUCAAAAUCAUGGGUUUCAUCAAACUACUCUACCCCCAGAUAGAAGCACAAUCUCAUCAAAUUACAACUUCAAUCCUACACCUCCAUCUGGUCCUUGCACUCCCCAAAACAUCUUUGAAUUCUGUCAUGAGGAUGGAUUACAACAGCAUCAAAACCAAUAUUUUGGUCAAGUGAGCCACCUGGGAAUGAGGGAACCUAACAGUGAUCAACCAAGGGCUAUCCUAGAGAGAAACCAGAAGAAAACUUCAGAUCUUUCACACAUCUCACAAACCUCACUGGAAAGAAUUGGAAAGGAUUGUGAAGAGGACUCAACCUACUGGGGGAAUUUAUUCAAUCCUGAUAUACAUGAUAUGAUCUCAAGUAUGCCACUCAGUAGCAAUGAAUGUGAUUUGUUAGGCUUGGCCUCUCCAAGGAUUUCUUCACCAACCCAGCAUAUGAUUCAACAAAGUCAGCUCCCUGGUCAAGAAGGGAUUUCAAGAUCCUCAGAUGAGGAUAUAAAUACAGUCCAGAGGAUCAGAAGCACUGAUCCACAUGGCAGAAGUCAAGGUGACACUGCAGGAGCCUUUGAUACAUCUUAUUUAUUAGCAGACCAAGCUAGUCCGUCUAUACAUCAUAAAGAAUUAUCAAAAGGCAGGAAGAGGCUAUUGAGUGGAGAAAAGAGUCCAGACAAGGUUACAAAAAGGGCUAAAUCAUUAGUUGAUAACAGUAUAGAGAUUGAAGCCCUGGAAAGGACAGCCAUUCCAAGGCAAGACCAAAACACAAACCCAGAAGUACAAGGGGUGAUGAAUAACUGUAUUGGAGAAACUUUUUCAUCCUUGUCAGGAAUGCACAACUGUGACAUACCUGUAGGGCCAGGAAAUAACCAAGAUCUCAUAGGAGGACCAGACACUUUGGAUGAAGUUUCAAAACAUUCCAAUGUACCAUUGAUUCAGAAAAAAAAUGCAAUGACAAACAAGUUCAAUUUUCCUGGGCCAAGCACAGUUAGAAUGCUAAAAGAUAUAGGUGCCUUUCAUGUGGCCAAUUCACCUCGUUUUGCUUUUGAAGUACCCAAUUGGUUCAGAAAUCUCAGAGAUGAUAUGAUGAAGGUAUCAGGUCAGGAAGAGAGUAUGGGGAAGGAUAUACACAAAGCAAUUGAAGGUGUACACUGGUGGUUAACAAUGAGCAUAUUUGGGCUCAUCUCAAUACAUUGUGACCCUGGAUUGGACAGCUCAUCCCUGGACACCAUCUUGGACCAUGCAUGGAAAGCAAUUCAAGCUAUAUUUGAUCAAUGGAGAUACUUUGGAGUAGAGGAAAUGAAGUUUCAAUAUGCUCCUAGGGUAUAUGAGCGCAAACAGGAUGAUCUUCUAGAACCCCUGUCUCUGUUCAGAUACUUUGUCAGACUGAACAAAUUCCCAGAGAUGACAACAAGGAUUUUGCAAUCAAUCAUAGUGAGAUAUAACAAAGACACUAACACACCAAUAGUAAACAUAACAAAGGUCGGGCAACUCCAGAAUAAAGUCAAGAGUCUGUACAACAAAGAUAUCAUGUUCAUUCAGGGUGGAUUAUACUCAAGAGCCUCAAUUGGAAACCUUGAAUUUGAGGGGACAAAAUUUCACAAUGGUUAUAAAAGAAAUCCAUGGGUUCCAAAAUCCUUGGAUAAAAAGCACAUUGGUGCAUACAGGUCAAUAUCACGGGCUGCCAAGUUUCUUUCUCCUGCUGGUACUAAAUUGUGUCAAAGGAUUCAUUCUUUCUUUGUAGAAUUAAUUGAAGAAUUAUUAAAUAAAUAUAAAAGUAAUAAUGAACUCCAUUCAUAUUCAACUCUACAGAUACACUUGGAUCCCACUGUGGUUUCAGAGCUCAUAGAUCGUGCACAUGAGUCAAAUAUGGAGACAAUUGUCAAGGCUGUCAGUGUUGCAGAGUAUAGAAUUACAGUGGGUUUCAUUGGAGUGAUAAGAUCAAUCUAUGAGCAAGCCCUAACAGAAGCCCAGUUGAACAUCCUUAUUGAAAGUGGGUGGCAAUUCCUGCAAAAGGAGUUUUCAAACUGGAAGCUGUUGAGCUUUGAGGAAGGUAAAAGUUCAAUAUUUUUCACAUCAUCAAAAACAACAUUACAGAGGAGGAUAUCAGAAAAAUCAUGCAUGGACCCAAACAAAUCAUUUGAAUUUCUCUGCAAAGUAACCAAAAAUCUUGCAAAUUAUCCGAUUCCACUGACUUACUUUAAUAUGCUCAUGAGAUCAUGGUUCCAGGAAGAUUCACAUGAACAACUGAAGAAGAUCAUUGGGAAAGCUUUCAGUGAGAAGAUGAGGACCUUUAAUUCCUUCAUUGAGUUGCUUGGAAAGCCUGAACCCAAGCAUGUAGUUCUUUGA